AACAAACAAAAGAAAAGAACAAUGACACACUGAAAUUCGUAAUUUUCUUUACUCAGCGACAAAAUGCAGUGACCUGUCACCUCCUAAAGGGGGCGCAAAGGUUUGUGAUGACUGGAUAAUGGGUUCGAUCUGUUCACCUUCUUGUAACAAAAAGUGGGACUUUGCUCAGCCUUUGCUUUCGAGUGUGUGGGUUUGCGGAGCAUCAGGAGCUUGGAAGCCAACAAAUCGUUUUCCAGACUGUACAAAAAUAUAUCACGCUUACGCUGUCAAGACGGAAAUGGAUUUGAACUACUACUAUGGCAAUUGUACUACACCAGAAGUUCAGGCACAAAUAAAACAGAACUUUAUCCAGCUUUUGAACGAGACUUUCUUCAACGAGGUCUGUCACUCCGCACUUAAAGACAAGUGCAAGGCUGAAAAUGUGGAGGUCAAGUGCUCUGGGGUCGGUUUGGUCCCCAGUAAGCGAAAACGUUCAGGAGACGAUGACGGUUGUCAUAGCAGCACUGGAGGAUCAAUUCUACGAACCAAAAUUACUCUAAAUAUCGUCGGUAGGUUAAUAAUAUUACUUUAAGGAUUAACAUUUUGGAAAAAA